AUGGGAACAGCUGCCCUGGGCCGGGGACGAGCGCCCGCCACCGGCGUGCACGGCUUCCGGUACCUUUUGGAGAGGGUUGUUCGGCAAACACCGGCCGCGCGGGCCUCGCUGGGCCGGGACACCCACGCCCUUUUCGAAAGUCUCCUCUUGUGUGGGGACCAUCUACACCCCAGCCCUCCAAAAAUCGAGCAGGCAGUCUGGCGGGGCGUUCUCUUACAAAGGGAGCAGCUUCUGCAAAAAAAAGACAAAGGCCUGGUGCACACCGGCUUCUUUCCUGGCUGCCUCCUCCCCCCUCCCGCCCCUUCGCGGAUCACAAAUAAAGCCCCUAAGGGCCUCGGCCCAGGACCUCCUAUCCCAUUUUACAGACGGUGA